CCAUGGGUUUCUCAAACUAGCCACCUCCAUUACCCGCUUUUACAUUAACAAACACAAACAUAAACACUUGCCUCUGCAACCCACACCCAAUCCCCAACAAUCCAAAAAGAAAAGUGCUAACGCUCCUUUGACCUUUUCUCUCCUUCCUUAAACCAAAACAAUACAACAUUAUUUUCUACAAAACAAAAAGGGAUAAUAACAUGUCUUCUUCCUCCUCUUCCACACAGGACCAAAUCUCCCUUCCCCUUCCUCACACGCUUCUUCCUUCUCCCCUCACAACCCCCCAGGGUAACCACCCACGCAAUCCCAUCUCCAUCUCCAUGCUUGGCUUCUGCACCUCCAAAACUGCACUACGAGAUGGGAUCUCGGCCUACAAGGCUUCUUCCUCGCUGCCACUCAAUACUCAGAACGAAACCGAUGACUACGACUGCGAGAGUGAGGAGGGUGAAGCGUUGGUAGAAGAGGUUCCAAUUCCACCCAACUGCUUUCGUUCUGGGAGUUCAUCCAAAAGAAGCAGAGCGGCGGAAGUUCAUAACUUGUCUGAAAAGAGGAGGAGGAGUAGGAUCAAUGAGAAAUUGAAGGCUUUGCAAAAUCUAAUUCCAAAUUCCAACAAGACUGAUAAGGCUUCGAUGCUUGAUGAAGCUAUUGAAUACCUUAAACAGCUUCAGCUCCAAGUACAGAUGCUGUCAAUGAGAAAUGGGUUGAGUUUGCAUCCUAUGUUGUUUCCAGAAGGUUUGCAACCCCCGCAAUUUUCUCAGAUGAGGAUGGAUUCAAGUGAAGAAAACAGGUGUAUCCCUUCAAACACUACUACUACUCUCCCUAUGCAGCAAGAAAACACCAUACCCUAUUCAUCCAAUUUGCGUAACAAAGAAAUUGUGGCAGAUCAGCCAUCCAUGCCCACCCCAUCAUAUAUAUUCAACUCACAAACUUCCUUUAGAUUGGAAUCUCAUAUUCCUGACAAUUUAACAUCAUUUCAACUCAGAGCUUUUUCUGAGAUAUGCAGAGAAGACAUACUGCAGCACCAACAUUUAAACGCAAACCAUUCAGAUACCAAUCCAUUAGGUUGUUCUCAAGGCACAUUGGCUACUGCAUCAUCAGUUUCCUUUGAUGUCCAAAAAUCUGCAGUUAAAGACAACAGCUCUUUGGGAAACUGCAUCCCUGGAAGUGAUCAAUCUGAACUACUAGUCUUGAGAAAUAGUGAGCCCAACAUUAUUCUGACCCAGCGGUUAAGUCGGUAAUUGGAAUGUUAUGAACUGUAAAUCUCAAAAGUUUUUAAAUUGUUUUACUGGUAUGAGAUUUUAUAAGACUGUAGAUGGGGGCAAAACGCCGCAAUGAUAACUGGUAACAAGACUGAAAAAUCAGAUUUUAGUUUGAAGUUUCAGAUUUUCAUUGAAAUUUGAAUAGAUUCCCAAAAUAGAGUAUAAAAGCACCAAUGUGUAGGUAUAAUUUAUUAUUUAAAUGUAAAAUAAGUGUGCUAGAGAAAAUAGUAAAAUCAAU